UUGUGUCCAUUCAUAUCAUCCGGAAGUAUCUCAAUAUUUUUCUACUCAACUACUGAUGGAUUAGUUAGAUUCCAUACUUUUUACAAUUUAUACAGGGCAGAAUUCUUUUCAAAUUGAAUUCUAUAUUAGUUUUGAAUUUUAGUUGAAGUUUGACAUUUCACAUAUGAGUAUGAGUUUAAUAACUUACUAACGUGGUUGCGGAGAACAGAAAUUUUUUAUUGUUAAUCCAGAUUAUAGUAUAUUUUAUACUACAGUAUGCAAUAUACAAAUAAGUUUUAUUUUAUAUGGAUUGUAACGUUUCAAAUUUUGUAUAUCGGUUGUAAUUGUGAAAAAGGCGAUUUCGACAGUAUUCUUAUCCAUUCAAACCAAGGCUCAAGUUACGAAGAUCGUGAACCACUUAAAGUACGAUCAUAUUAUGGUUCAAGUACUGAAUGUGCAGCAGGAACUGAAUGCAGUCCUAUGCACGAAUGCCCUUUGAUGAUCUAUGAAGUCGCUAAAAUGUGUUUUUACGGUGAAAAAACUCUGUUCUGUGGCAGUGAAGAGGAUACACCUUACGUCUGUUGCCCCAGCAGUCCACUGGAAAAAAAUCAGGUGUGUGGCAAGGCUUUAGUUCAAGGCCAUUUUUACAAAGGCUUGGGUUCGUACCCAUUCAUUGCUAGAGUUGGAUUCAAACAUGUCAACACUGGGAGUUUUGCUUAUCCAUGUGCUGGGUCCAUUAUUGCACGUCGCGUUAUUUUAACUGCCGCUCAUUGUGCUUUAGCGAAGGCUGACGGUCAUCGUCUAUCAUCAGUCCGAGUCGGAGAGUAUGAUACUUCGACGGACCCCGACUGUGCCAGUACCGGAUUUUGUGCUCCAAGAGCUGUGAACCAUGCAAUUAGUCACGUGAUUGUUCAUCCAGAUUAUAAACAGGGUCAGUACCAUCACGACAUUGCGCUGCUUGUUUUAAAAACGCCUUUUAAUUACUCAGUUGCAACUCAACCCAUUUGUUUGCUUAAAUCAAGAACUAAUUUGGUUGUUGGAAAAAGAGCGAUAAUAGCUGGAUGGGGAAAGAUAUCCACAUCGAGUAAACGUUCAUCUGAUAUGGUUCAAAUGGAUGUACCGUUAACCAGCUGGGAUAUGUGCCUUAGAAAUUAUGGGGCUACCGGCGCUCUGGAAUCCCCGAAUUCAAUUGAGGGCCAAUGGAUGUGUGCUGGGGGUGAGGGAAAAGAUGUUUGUCAAGGCUUUGGCGGCGCUCCAUUGUUUAUACAAGAAAGUGGAAUCUAUUCACAGAUUGGUAUUAUGUCUUUUGGAUCCGAUAAUUGUGGUGGUUUGCGCAUACCAAGUGUUUAUACUUCGGUGUCGCAUUUUUCAGACUGGAUUCAUGAUAAUACACCUUUGGAUUGAUUUUUAUUUUAAACUGUGCAAUAAAGAGAAAUAUUUUGCAGCGAAAUCUUCA